AUAAACAAAUCAUUCAAAGACAUACGAAUAAUACUUGAGUUUUGUUUUAUUUUCAACUAGAAAAAAUGGGAUUGAGUGGUGUUCUUCAUGUAGAAGUUGAGGUUAAGUCUCCGGCUGAAAAGUUCUGGAUAGCCCUCGGCGACUGUAUCAAUCUCUUUCCCAAAGCUUUCCCUCAUGACUACAAAACCAUUCAAGUUCUUGCUGGCGAUGGCAACGCUCCUGGCUCCAUUCGCCUCAUAAUUUAUGGAGAAGGAUCUCCACUGGUGAAGGUAUCGGCUGAGAGGAUCGAAGAGGUGGAUUUGGAGAAGAAAAGCAUGUCGUACAGCAUCAUCGGGGGAGAAAUGUUGGAGUACUACAAAACGUUCAAAGGAACCAUCACCGUUACUCCUAAGGACGGAGGCAGCCUUCUGAAAUGGUCCGGUGAGUUUGAGAAGACUGCCCAUGAGAUCGAUGACCCUCACGUCAUCAAGGACUUUGCUGUCAAGAACUUCAAAGAGAUUGAUGAGUAUCUCCUUAAGCAAUCUGGCGCCUAAUUAGACUAAGAAUCUUUAAAAUAUCUAAGAGGGUUCUCUAUAAGAGUUUAUCUAAAUUAAGAAGUUAAAUAAAGUGGAACCUCUUUAUGAAUUGUCCACGUUUAUGAUUUGUUUUUUUUGGGAGUAUAUAUAGGCACGUGACGUGUCUUUCAAGAUACAAUAUAUGCUCAUGAAUAUUAUAUCUGUACUCUGUAGUCCUGUACGUAUAGUAUUUGAACAAUAUAAAGAGAGGUUCAUGAAUAAACCGUAUUUUUAAAA